AUGACAUCCAACCGCCCCAUUGUUAAAGUCGCAGCCGUGCAAGCAGCUCCUGUCUCGUUUGACCUGGACAAGAGUCUGCAGAAGCUGAGCAAGCUGACAGAGGAGGCUGCAGCCGCCGGGGCGGAUCUUGUGGUGUUCCCGUGCGUAAACAGCAUCGGCGCGUCUCUUUUGAGGUUGCGGCUAACAAAACACAGAGAAGCGUUCUUGUCUGCCUACCCAUGGAGAUACAGCUUCGACACGACAAUUGGCGCGCGCGAGCCGAGAGGGCGCAAAUGGUUCGCCAAGUACUUCGACUCGGCUGUCGAAGUACCCUCGCCUGCUUUCGACAGGCUGUCCGAAACGGCUAGGGCCAACAACAUCCUUCUGCAGGUCGGCAUCAUCGAAAAGGCGGGCGGCACGCUGUACUGCACGGCCCUGCUUCUCGACCGCGAGGGAAAAGUGGUGUACAAACACCGCAAGGUAAUGCCGCCAACAUUGCCCGUCGUUCGCGCUCGCACUGACAACCAAAAGUUGAUCCCGACGGCGGCGGAACGACUAGUGUGGGGACGAGGCUCCGGCGACGGCCUCCAAGUAUUGCAGACAGAUGUUGGAAAGGUCGGGAGUCUGAUCUGGUCAGUUGUUCCGAACCACCGCAGGGCCGCACAACAAAGUUGA